AUGAUAUUUUAUAGAAAUGGCGUGGACGAGAUGUUUUUGCGCCGUAUAUUCGAUGCACGUACAAAUAUUACUGCCGUAACCCAAUGGAAAUCAUUGGACCUCGAGAAACUCGGCCAGAUAUGCAUAGACAGUCAUGAUGCUAGUCAGGACCAGCAGAAGACACAAAUUAUAGCCCAAUUCGAUCUGAAAAUCACACUCACAACACAUAAUCGCAACUUGCAUGAAGACCUUAGGAGUGCUUAUAGACCACAUACUUACACCGUCCGGCUGGAAAAGGGUAUGCGAUGCAUGCCUAGAGCGGCUUAUGAGAGCAUGGCGGCCUCCAUGUAUUCACAGUCAUAUGCAUAUCGGCUGGUUUUUGAUAAGUCGCCAUGUCCACUACGAUUUGGACGGACGGAUACGGAAGAAGCGCCUGAGUCACUGUUUCUGGCGCUUGCGGAGUGGAGGGAGAUUUUGCAGUUGCUGUACCGGCAAGUACUGACAAAGGACUUGUCUAUGUAG